UCCAGAAGAGGCGCCGGGAGCCGCGGGAGCCGCAGGAUUACGGCGCUGGCUCCGCGGGGAAGGACAGCGCUGCGGCGGCUGGAACGGCUCUGCUGCAGGGGAUGGACGGGCUGCGGGCUUGGAGCUGGAAGCAGCGCUGUUUUCUGGAAUAGAGCAGUGGGAGGUGCUGCUCGGAGCACAGGAUCUGCGAGCUGCCAAUGGCUGUGGGGUUUUUCCAGAGCGGGUUUUGUGGAUGUCACCUCGGUGAAUAGAACAGGUUAAACCUUGCCACCUGAAAGACUCAGACACACAGUUCCUGUGAGACAACCAGAAUUACUGAAUUCAGGAGACUGAAGAUGCUGCUGCUGCUGUGGGAGCAGCUGUUCCUGGUGUCAUUUGUUGGCUGCCUUGCAGAUGUGGAGAGCUCCAGGACGAGGAUGAGGAGCGCGGUGUCGGUGCGCGAGGGCCAGGGGGUCGUGCUGCUCUGCGGGACCCCGCCCCGGGCUGGAGACUUGUCGUUCGCCUGGAUCUUCAACGAGUACCCGUCGUUCGUGCAGGAGGACAGCCGGCGCUUCGUGUCCCAGGAGACGGGGCACCUGUACAUAGCCAAGGUGGAGCCGUCAGACGUGGGCAACUACAGCUGCGUGGUGACCAGCACGGCCAGCAGCAGCCCCGUGCUGGGCUCGCCCACGCCCCUGGUGCUGCGCACGGACGGUGUGAUGGGGGAAUACGAGCCCAAAAUAGAAGUUCAGUUCCCUGAGACGCUGGCAGCAGCCAAAGGCUCCACUGUGAAGCUGGAGUGCUUUGCCCUAGGAAACCCUGUGCCUCAGAUUAACUGGAGAAGAACUGACGGGCUGCCAUUUCCGAGUAAAAUAAAGCUGAGGAAAUCCAAUGGCAUGAUUGAAAUCCCUAAUUUCCAGCAGGAGGACGCAGGGCUCUACGAAUGCAUUACUGAAAACUCCAGAGGCAAAAACAUUGCAAGAGGACGUCUCACUUACUAUGCAAAGCCUCACUGGAUCCAGACCAUAAAGGAUGUGGAGGUUGCUGUGGAGGACACCUUGUCCUGGGACUGCAGAGCAAGUGGGAAGCCCAAACCAUCCUACAGGUGGCUGAAGAAUGGAGAGCAGCUGGCAAUAGAGGGAAGGAUCCAAAUUGAAAAUGGUGCACUUACAAUAUCAAAUCUAAAUCUGACAGAUUCUGGCAGAUACCAGUGCAUAGCUGAAAAUAAACAUGGUGUCAUCUCUUCGAGUGCAGAGCUCAGGGUUGUAGCUUCUGCUCCAGAUUUUUCCAAGAGUCCAAUGAAGAAACUGAUCCAGGUUCAAAUAGGCAGCACAGUUGAUUUUGAGUGCAAACCCAAAGCUUUCCCUAAGGCCAAAUGUUCCUGGAAGAAGGGAGGUGAGCAGCUGCAGGAAAAUGAAAGGAUCAGCCUGUUAAAGGAUGGAGGACUGAGGAUAGCCAACGUCACCAAGGGGGAUGCUGGCAGCUACACCUGCCUGGCCACAAACCAGUUUGGAACAGCCAGGGGCUCCACCAGCUUGAUAGUUACAGAGCCAACCAGGAUCACCUUGGCACCUUCCAACAUGGAUGUCACCGUGGGGGAGAGCGUGGUGCUGCCCUGCCAGGUGCAGCACGAUCCCCUGCUGGACAUCAGCUUCACCUGGUACUUCAACGGGACCCUCACGGACUUCCAGAGGGACGCCUCGCACUUCGAGAAGGUUGGAGGGAGUGCAUCAGGGGAUUUAAUGAUCAGGAACAUCCAGCUGAAGCACAGUGGGAAGUACGUGUGCAUGGUGAAGACAGAGGUGGACAGUGUGGCCUCUGCUGCCGACCUCAUCGUGCGAGGCUCUCCUGGGCCCCCUGUGCACGUGAAGGUGGACGAGAUCACGGACACCACUGCCCAGAUCUCCUGGCAGGAGGGCACGGACAACCACAGCCCCGUGACCACCUACACCAUCCAGGCCAGGACUCCCUUCUCCGUGGGCUGGCAGCGAGCCACCACAGUUCCGGAUGUGAUCGACGGGAAAACCUUCACAAGCACAGUAGUGGAUUUAAAUCCUUGGGUUGAAUAUGAAUUUCGUGUAGUUGCCAGUAACAAAAUAGGAGGUGGAGAGCCUAGUUUGCCCUCAGAAAAAGUAAGAACUGAAGAGGCAGUUCCCGAAAUUCCCCCGUCUGAGGUCAGCGGGGGAGGAGGCAGCAGAUCUGAGCUGGUCAUAACGUGGGAUCCCGUCCCUGAGGAGCUGCAGAACGGGGAGGGAUUCGGGUACGUGGUGGCCUUCCGCCCCUCGGGCACCACGACGUGGAUCCAGACCGUGGUGACCUCUCCUGACACGCCCAGAUACGUCUUCAGGAACGAGAGCAUCCUGCCCUUCUCACCCUACGAGGUCAAAGUCGGGGUCUACAACAACAAGGGAGAGGGGCCCUUCAGCGCCGUGGCCACCGUGUUCUCAGCCGAGGAAGAGCCCAGCACGGCCCCCUCGGGAGUGUCUGCCACCAGCCUGUCCUCCUCGGCCAUCCAGGUGUCCUGGACAGCCAUCCCCUGGAAGAUGAGCAAUGGAAGGCUGCUGGGAUAUGAAGUUAGGUACUGGAAUAAAGGCCAAAAAGAAGAAUCUUCAAACAGAGUAAAAGCAGCAGGGAAUGAAACAUCAAUAAAAAUUACGGGGUUGAGGAGCAACUUGGCUUAUUACACAGCUGUGCGUGCCUACAACAGCGCUGGAGCAGGGCCCUUCAGUGCCACUGUCAAUGCCACCACCAAAAAGCCACCACCCAGCCAACCUCCAGGAAACGUGGUGUGGAAUGUCACAGACUCCAGGGUUGUCCUGAGCUGGGAGGAGGUCAGAGCCAUGGACAACGAGUCCGAGGUCACGGGGUACAAGGUUCUGUACAGGACCAGCAGCCAGAGCAGGGUGGAGGUGCUGACCACGGACACGACCACGGCCGAGCUGUGGCUGCAGCUCAAGGACGAUUAUUUCAUCGAGGUCAGAGCCACCACGGAGGGGGGAGAUGGCAGCAGCAGCGAGCAGAUCCUCAUCCCCAGACUAGCCAGUAUGGAUGCAAGAGGUUCUGGGCAAUCAGUCUUGAGUAUCUUCAGUGUCUCCAGCUUCUUAGCAACAAUAUUUUCCUUGACCCUUAAUUCUGUGUUGUGCUGAUAUAUAUUUGCAUUUGCUGGGGGGGAAAAAAAAAAGGUUACUAAAGUGCUUUUUUUAAAAAAAACUGCAGUGGUUAAUGCAUGUUUUUUUCUUCUAUCCUGACGUGUUUUUAAAUUCUUUAUAUUUCACUGUAAGUUGAAGUAACAAUACCAUGUAAAGUUUAGCAAAUCCUUUAAAAAGGAAUCUAAAAUGCCUUAAUACUUGAACCAAAGGAGUUUACAUGUUACAUACUUCAGAUACAGUGUAAGAGAGAGGGGGAGGGAUGGCGCUGUGAGGUUGGGGCUGUGAUGGAGAAUGAGAAACCCCAUUUUUGCAGCACCCCUGAAUUGUUCUGGGUGUGUUCUGCAUUGCUAAAAUAACUUUUGACAUGGAAGAGAUGAAAUCAGGGCUGUGGCUGUUACCAGCUGGAGGGUAACACGACCACCCCGUGGCUGCUCCCAAGCAGUGCCAUCACCAGGGAGCUGGGAUCAUUUUCCUGCUGCCCUUUGUGGGAGUUGCUCUAAAUGGAAAGAAGAUCCCAAAAGGAAUCUCCAAAGAAAUCCCAUCUGGAGCAGGGCAAAGGCAGGGCCUCCACUGCUGCUCCUGAGAAAUGAUCUCCCAGCUGUGAUUUGAGGAUGUUUUUGUGCACCUCCUCAAACACCCAGCCUUCAUCAGUAAAUUCUGAAGUCCAUCUCCCCACCUUACCUUUCCUAACCAGGUUCUUCCUCCAAAACCAAACUCUCCCACCUUGAGGGUGAUUUUCGUGGCCUCCUGCCAGCGUUGCAGGAGCUGAAGUGCCCAGCUGGCAGCCCUGGUGAGCUGCAGGGGCACCUUGGCCUUAGGAAGAGGGACAGCCACCCCCUUCCUCCCUCCCUUGUGACCUGGUGCUCCCAGACCUGCAGCCCCAAAUUCUCUUGCUCAUUUCUCUGCCACACUGCACUGCAAACACCCUGAAUUCAGACUUGCAGGCAGACCUCUCCUUCCUGCUGCUCUUGAGCCAGUUCUGAGCUGUUCCACCUGCUCUGGCUCUCAGCUGCGCCCCACUACUGUCACAUGAGUCUGGGAAGUUCAUGGCAAUAUUGGAAUAUUAAAAAAAAAUGAUACAACAACACUUCAGGCUUGCUGUUGAAGAGAAAUCUAUGCUUUCUUUCAUGGCAGUAAAUUAAAGAUACGUUCAGCCUGGUCCAUUUGACUUUCAGAGUUGUGGCUUCAGCCAAAUCAGCCUUUUAGACACCUUUUAGGUCACAGCAUCCCUGUUCAGCACAUAUUCACAUGACAUAAAGCAUCUCCUCUGAAAGACUGGGUUUUUUUUAAUUUCACAAUACUAUCACAACACACACAACUACAAAGGGAGAACCAGGAUUCAUAAAAUUAUGGUAGCACUGUAGAAAAAAAAAUCCUUUAUAUGCAUCCAGCUGGCAAAUGAGCUCCAGAUGAGACAAAGUGCUGCUGAGGAAAGCAGGAGCUGUAUAUACUGUAUAUAGAAAGUUAUAAAUGAGUUAAAAACUAGUUGCUUUUCCAUGUGGCUGACCAGUGUUGUUUUCAGACACUUGCAAACAGGGGGGUGGGUGGGACAUGGAAAUCCAGGUGUUCCUAGUGAGUAAAUAGUUAUAUUUCAUGCAACAAAGGGUGACUCUUUCUCUUGUUUCACAAAAUUCUAGUCCAGGUUCCUGUACUGCCCAUUUUUCAUGCGCUUAUAUUGUAUUACUACUUGAUUUCUAGUUCUAUAUCUCCAUGAGAUACGUACCCAGUACCUUGUUUCAUAUUGAAAAGGUUGAAAUUUAUCCUUGAACUUCCAGUUGUGUGUGUAUCCUAUGGUUAUCUGUAUGCAUUCUUUUCUAUUGCUCUAAUAAAAUAUUUAUUACAUUGAGGGAUAAUAGAAUAUCUCAGAGUGU